AGAGCAAGAUGAAGUUCCUGGUGUUUGCACUGCUGCUGGUGGCUGGAGCCAACGGGAAGGUCUUUGAGCGCUGCGACUGGGCUCGGACGUUGAAGGAGCAUGGGAUGGACGGAUACAAAGGAGUCAGCCUGGCCAACUGGGUUUGUCUGACCCAGUGGGAGUCCAGUUACAACACCCGGGCGGUCAACCACAACUCCGACAAAUCCACGGACUACGGCAUCUUCCAGAUCAACAGCCGCUAUUGGUGCAAGGACGGGCACACCAAAUCAUCCAACACCUGCAAAGUCAGCUGCAGCGAUCUCCUGGCUGACGUGAACAAGUCGAUUAACUGCGCUAAACGAGUUGCUGCGCAUCAAGGUGUCGGAGCCUGGGUGGCCUGGCGUGCACACUGCAAGAACAAAAACCUGAGCAAGUAUCUGCGUGGAUGUCAUCUCUGAGACCUUCAUGACCUCCGAGACCUUCAUGACCUCUGAGACCUUCAUGACCUCCGAGAGCUUCAUGUUCUUCAGUUGCUGCUUGUCUUUAAUUGUUCGAGAUCAGCUGAACUGUACUUCCUGUUUAGAUGUUUAGUUUCUGGUUUUGGUACUUUUAGUUCCUUUACUUUCAGUUCUUGUAUUCUUGACCUUUCUGACCUUUCUGCUUGUUUGGAUCCUCAACGACACACAAAUGAUUGUUGUUCAGUGUUUACCAACAAAAUGUUAAAUCCCUGAGUGAACUGCUCUGUAACUUUCUGGACUCUUG